AUGGCACAUAAAGACAUUCCCAUGAAGGAUAUUUACUUUUCAUCCAAGAAAGGUGCAUUCAUGAAUAUAACAACAUCGUCACGUCUAGCCCAUUCCCUUAAACAACAGAUAGAUAAAAUGAUUACCGUACCUUCGAGUUAUCAUACUAUCAUUCCAUCUGCAAUUGAACUGGAAAGCUUUAGGAAAGAAGUGAAGUCAAUUUUCAUCGAAACGUUUGAUGAUUUGUUUGUCGUUAGUCAUGACCAUCUUCCUGGUACUAUCGGAAGCACUGCAAUUGUUCCACUACAUAAACUGGCAACCCAUUACGUUGUAAUAUCGACAGAGCCAUGGUCAACAUCAGAGAAGAGUCAGUUUGCUAUAGCUGCUCUUAAAAAUAACACGUCAGUUUCAAUAACUUUUAAGAUGAAACGAUACAUUUCUUUGUAUAUCGAUGGAAAGUCAUUUUUGAAUGGCGAUGUAUACAAUUUAACACUUGAUCGAUUUGAAACAUAUCAGAUUUCCCAUGAAACGGAUUUGACAGGAACAGUUAUUGAAUCGUGUGUACCUAUCGCAGUUUUUUCGGGAAAUACUUGUAAUAGGCUUGAAAAUAUUGGCGCCUGUGAUCAUCUUAUUCAACAAAUAAUUCCAACUAGAGAAUUAGACAAAACAUACAUAGUACCCCCAAAUACAAACGAUCGAAGAACAAAGGUUCGUAUAACAGCGACAGAAAGCAGCAACAUAUUGUACACAAUUAAUGGAAUAACUCAAACAGUAACAAUAAAUAAAUUGGAUUCUUUCGACACCAUUAUAUCCAGUAGACAAACGUGUGUGAUCGAAUCAAACACACCUAUAACUGUCACCAGUUUUGGUUUACAUUCUAGCAAAUCUAAAAUGGGCGAUCCUUCCAUGACGGUUGUGCCGGGGAUAAAUCAAUACAUUGACUACUACAAAACGGUUGUGCCAUCCGGCUUCGAUUAUAACUAUGUAACUAUUAUGAUAAAACAAUCUUUAAAAGAUUAUAUCCAAAUUAACAACACAAUGACAAACGGAAGCAAUAUUGUAUUUGAAGAAAAUGUAUUAGUCAUGAACUUAACAUACAACGUGAGGUCUAUUAGAGUACCGGUGGGUGAGAUUUCUGUGUCUACAACUUGUGGGGGACAUUUUGGACUCAUGUUUUCGGGAGUUAAAGAUUAUGCUGCAUAUGGUUUUAGUGCGAUACUGCUGUAAAACCUGAAAUAUUUGGUUCAGAUUGGGUCUAUUUAAAUUAACACCAUAAGGUACAGAUAGUAUGGGGAUUGGGAGGCU